AUGGCGUACAUCACGGCCGGCGACCUCGACCGCGUCCUCCAGCGCGCAAAGGAGAAGGAUGCGCUCGGCGUCAAAGUCGCUGCCGCGAUCGCGCUGAUUGAGGGCGUACUCGAUGAUUACGGGGAGCAGGCGGUCGCGCUGUCUUUCAAUGGGGGAAAGGACUGUACUGUUCUCUUGCAUCUUUUCGCCGCGGUCCUCUACGCACGGCACAACACGCCCCAGUAUCCUCCUCCCCGCGCCAUCCACCACACCCCCACCCACAAUCCACCACACGACGAGCCCGCGCUGUCCGCCAGUUUCCGGGCGUAUCUCGAGGGGCCCGCGGCGCCCCCGCCCCCUCUUCCAGCCAAUAAGUUCGUCAUCGACUCGGCCACACGCUACAAGUUAGAUCUGUGGCGCUUCGGCGGGGGGAUGAAGUCCGCGCUGAGCGAGUACCUCGGGUGCGGCGGGGGAAGUGAUGUGCGCGCCAUCCUGCUCGGGACACGGCAGGGGGAUCCAAAUGGCAACGUCGCCGUUCUCGCCCCCACAGACCCAAGCUGGCCGCAAGUGCUCCGCGUCCAUCCCGUGCUUGACUGGACGUAUGCCGAAGUGUGGCAGUUUUUGCGCGAGCUCGACGUACCCUGGUGCAGCCUGUACGACGAAGGAUUCACGUCGCUCGGAUCGACGCAUAAUACGGCCCCUAACCCGCUGCUCAAGACGGACGCGGGAUACGAGCCGGCGUGGAAGCUGCAGGACCCCAGUCAGGAGCGAGCGGGGAGGGGUGUGAAGGCGAUCUAG